CCAGCACCAUGAGCCGUCAGUUCACCUGCAAGUCGGGGGCUGCUGCCAAGAGGGGCUUCAGCGGCUGCUCGGCUGUGCUCUCGGGGGGCAGCUCAUCCUCCUUCCGGGCAGGGGGCAAGGGGCUCGGCGGGGGCUUCGGCAGUCGGAGCCUCUACAGCCUGGGGGGCAACCGCACCAUCUCCCUCAACAUGGCCAGUGGCAGCGGGAAGAGCGGAGGUUACGGGCUUGGCCGGGGCCGGGUCAGUGGCUUUGCCGGCAGCAUGUUUGGCAGCGUGGCCCUGGGGCCCAUAGGCCCAACGGUGUGCCCACCCGGGGGCAUCCACCAGGUCACUGUCAACGAGAGCCUCCUGGCCCCCCUCAACGUGGAGCUGGACCCCGAGAUCCAGAAGGUGCGCGCCCAGGAGCGGGAGCAGAUCAAGGUUCUGAACGACAAAUUCGCCUCCUUCAUCGACAAGGUACGGUUCCUGGAGCAGCAGAAUCAGGUUCUAGAAACCAAGUGGGAGCUGCUGCAGCAGCUGGACCUGAACAACUGCAGGAACAAUCUGGAGCCUAUCCUCGAGGGCUACAUCACCAACCUGCAGAAGCAGCUGGAGGCCCUGUCUGGGGACAGGGUGAGGCUGGACUCAGAACUGCGCAACGUGCGGGACCUGGUGGAGGACCACAAGAAGAAGUACGAGGAUGAAAUCAACAAGCGGACAGCAGCGGAGAAUGAGUUUGUGCUGCUCAAGAAGGAUGUGGAUGCUGCUUAUGCCAACAAAGUGGAACUGCAGGCCAAGGUGGACUCCAUGGACCAGGAUAUCAAGUUCUUCAGGUGUCUCUAUGAGGCCGAGAUUGCUCAGAUCCAGUCUCACAUCAGCGACAUGUCCGUCAUUCUGUCCAUGGACAACAACCGGAACCUGGACCUGGACAGCAUCAUCGAUGAGGUCCGCAACCAGUACGAGGAGAUCGCCCUGAAGAGCAAGACCGAGGCCGAGGCACUGUACCAGACCAAGUUCCAGGAGCUGCAGCUGGCGGCCGGCCGGCAUGGGGAUGACCUCAAAAACACCAAGAACGAGAUCUCGGAGCUCACUCGGCUCAUCCAGAGAAUCCGCUCAGAGAUCGAGAAUGUGAAGAAGCAGGCCUCCAACCUGGAGACGGCCAUUGCCGACGCCGAGCAGCGAGGUGACAACGCCCUCAAGGAUGCCGGGGCCAAGCUGGACGAGCUGGAGGGCGCCCUGCACCAGGCCAAGGAGGAGCUGGCACGCAUGCUGCGCGAGUACCAAGAGCUCAUGAGCCUGAAGCUGGCCUUGGACAUGGAGAUCGCCACCUACCGGAAGCUGCUGGAGAGCGAGGAGUGCAGGAUGUCAGGAGAAUAUCCCUCCCCCGUCAGUAUCUCCAUCAUCAGCAGCACCAGUGGCAGCGGUGGCUAUGGCUUCCGGCCCAGCACGGUCAGCGGCGGCUACGUGGCCAACAGCGGCAGCUGCAUCUCUGGAGUGUGCAGUGUCCGUGGUGGGGAGAGCAGGAGCCGGGGUGGUGCCAGCGACUACAAGGAUGCCCUGGGGAAGGGCUCCAACCCGGUCACCCCCUCCAAGAAAGCCAGUCGAUAGAGAGACCUGCCCGGUGCCUGUCUCCCCCUGUGACCCAGCUCUGGCUCCCUAGCUUGGCUCCCCCAGCCCUCUGUCAGCCCCAUCUCCACCCUGCUGGUCCUGCUCCUGCACACCCGGCACUGGCCUUGGCUACCGCUUCUCCCAGCCUUUGUCUUCCUGAGCCUGGAUGGGCCUGGAGGACCAAGCUGGGUGAAAUUCCUCCCUGUCCACUCCGUGUUCACUUCUUGGCUGCGGUCCCCAGGCCACACCACUGGCCCAGGCCCAGGUUCCCGGUUGACCUCCUCUGCCCAGCCUCUGGCUCAGCUGCUGACUACU